GUGGUGCCGUAAAUCAGAAUGGAAAUAUCGUAAAAUUAGAUCAUAUAGCAUCAUCCAUCCGGUCUGUUCACGCCCUCUUAACACGAUUUACGUCCUUCCGGUCACCAUCACACUUCCUUUCAGAGCAUCGGCGUACGGGAGUAAGGAAGAGACAGUAGAAUGCUGGCGACCAGAGCCCUUCGCCUUGUUGGCAAACGUGCCAUUUCCACGUCUGUUUGUGUUCGUGGAGGACAUGGUGUUGCCAAGGUAGAGGCCUACGCUCUCCCUGCCUAUUUUGACAGGCGGGAGAAUCCCCUCCCAGAUAUCAGCUAUGUGCAAAACCUGAGUCCAGAGCAGGCGUCCUUGAAGGAGAAGGAGAAGGGCUCCUGGGCUGCACUCUCUGAUGAGGAGAAGAUUGCAUUGUACCGCAUCAGCUUCAAACAGAGCUUUGCUGAGAUGACCCAGGGAUCGUCGGAGUGGAAAAGUGUGGUUGGAGGGAUGAUGUUCCUAGUUGGCUUCACUGGUCUGAUUGUGCUCUGGCAGAGAAAGUUUGUGUAUGGACCUGUCCCACACACAUUUGAGGUUGAGUGGAAAGAGAAGGAGCUUCAAAGGGUGUUGGACAUGAGAAUGAACCCAGUCGAGGGAUACGCAUCCAAGUGGGACUACGAAAACAAGCAGUGGAAAAAGUAAAGUACCCAGAGGACUAUAACACAUACUUUGAAGAUAAAGGCAGACCAACUCAGAGAUACAAGAAUACCUAUAUUUCUGUAUUGAUCAACUGUUCACAUUACCUCUGCAUUUUGGAAGGCCUCUUCCUCUUAUGGUCAUUGUGUAUUAUAGAAAUAAAAAUGGUUAAACUGAUAACCCUUCUA